AUGUCUCCGGAGUUUGAAGCGAACCUUUUGAAAAUUUUGGAGAACCAGUCAAAGCUUCUUCAAGAACUUGCGGCUGCUCGAAUUACGGAAGCUCAACCGGCGGACAACGGCGGUGGGGACGGUAGUUUGCCAGCAAACCAGCAGAGACCGGUCCACCCUACCCGUCCGAACCAGACCGAGUUCGUAAUCGAGUCCCUGUCAAGCGGGAUCCGGGAAUUUUGCUACGACCCGGAAGCAGGAGUCACGUUUGAAGCCUGGUUCGCCAAAUACGAAGAUCUUUUCGCGGAGGACGCUCAAAAUCUGGACGACCCGGCAAAGGUCAGACUCUUGCUACGCAACCUCAACACCGUGGCUCACAAGAAGUAUCUGAGCUACAUUUUACCAAACAAACCGAAAGAUGUCGAUUUCAAAGAAACCGUCAAGACCCUGAAGUCCAUCUUCGGUCGUCACACGUCGCUCUUCAAUUCACGGUACCAGUGCCUGCAGCUACAGAAGAAUCCGUCCGACGAUUACUUCACGUACGCUGGCAUCGUGAACGAGAAGUGCGAGGAGUUCCAGCUGGACAAGAUCGACGCGGACCAGUUCAAGUGCCUGUUGUUCGUGUGCGGCCUGAGUUCAUCAAGAGAUGCGGACGUUCGUACGUCACUGCUGUCCAAGAUCGAGAGUGCCAAUCCUGCUGCGCCGAUGACCCUGCGUUCGUUGGCCGAGGAAUGUCAGCGACUCUUAAAUCUGAAGCGGGACACCGCCAUGCUCGAGAGGACCAAGCCCACCGUAUCAGCUGUCAAACAGCCACCUAGGACCAAGAACGCCCCGCCUGCUCAGCAGCCAGCCGAAACUCCGAACUCACCGUGUUGGAGAUGUGGGGAAAUGCACUAUUCGAAGAAUUGCCCAUUCAUCCAACACGAGUGCAAGUCCUGCAAGAAGGUCGGACAUCGUGAAGGAUACUGCGCCUGCUUCAAUUCAAAAUCCGGACGGAAGAAAAAGAAGCAGACUACAGCCAAGGCGCAGGGGAUCUACUCCGUCAACCAGGUCAGCAUCGCAGACAGAAGGAAGUUCGUCACGGUGGAGCUGAACGGAAUGCCAGCACGACUGCAGUUGGAUAGUGCCGCGGACAUCAGCGUGAUCUCAGCGGACGUCUACAAGCAACUCGGUUGUCCAGCCGGCGAUCCGCCGUCCAUCAACGUGGUCAACGCUUCUGGAGAUGACAUGGGACUGGAGUUGGAGAUCAUCUGUACCAUAACCCUCAACGACGUUGUCAAGCAAGGGAGGUGCUUCGUAUCUCAGACUAACGAUUUGAACCUGUUUGGAGCUGAAUGGAUCGAGCUUUUCGGACUGUGGGACGUACCGUUCAACGCGGUGUGCAACCAGGUCUCCAUGAAAACGUAUCCCAAGUCGGCAGAACUGGUCAACCGUUUCAAGGAGAAGUACAGCACCAUCUUCAGCGAGAGUCUGGGACUCUGCACCAAGAAGCCUGGUGCCAAGCCGAUUUUUCGCCCGAAGCGACCCGUUCCGUACGCAUCGGUUGAGAAAAUUGAAGCUGAACUGGACCGUCUUCAAAGUCUUGGGAUCAUCACACCAGUCUCGUACUCGGAGUGGGCCGCUCCGAUCGUGGCUGUACGCAAGCCCAACGGCAAGGUGAGGAUCUGUGCAGACUAUUCCACUGGACUCAACGACGCGCUGGAGCCGAACCACCAUCCGCUACCCCUGCCUCAAGAUAUCUUCGCAAAGCUGGCCGACAAGAAGAUUUUCACCCAAAUCGAUCUGUCGGACGCCUACCUGCAAGUCGAUGUCGAUGAGGAGUCGCGGAAGAUGCUGACAAUUAACACGCACAAGGGUCUGUUCCAGUUCAAUCGCCUGUCGCCGGGAGUCAAGCCUGCACCUGGCGAGUUCCAACACAUCGUGGACAGCAUGAUUGCGGAUCUGGACGAUACGAGCUGUUAUCUGGACGACAUCAUCGUGGCGAGCAACUCUCUGGACGAGCACAUCGAGCAGCUUCAUCGCCUGUUCGCCCGCAUCCAGGAGUAUGGGUUCCAUUUGAAGAUCGAGAAGAGCAAUUUCUUCAUGCAGCAGAUCAAGUACCUGGGCUUCAUCGUCGAUUCCGAUGGAAUUCGACCUGAUCCAGAGAAAGUCAAGCCGAUCGUCAACAUGCCUGCCCCACACGAUGUUCCGACACUGCGCUCAUUCCUUGGUGCGAUCAACUAUUACGGCAAGUUCGUCAAGUCCAUGCACGAGCUUCGCCAUCCGUUGGACGCUCUGCUCAAGAAGGAUGCCAAGUGGAACUGGAGUCCUGCCUGUCAGCGGUCGUUCGAGGAGUUCAAGCGGAUUCUGCAAUCAGAGUUGCUAAAGGAAUUGGUGCGGUUCUUCUACACCGUUUCCCUGACGGUACGAUCAAAGCAGUGUGCCAUGCUUCCCGGACACUCACGGACGCUGAGAAGAACUAUGCCCAAGGCGAGAAAGAGGGCCUUGCCCUGGUUUUCGCCUGCACCAAGUUUCAUCGGAUGA